AUGCUUCGCAUGCGCACGCUCGUGGCGGGCCAGUGUCCUCGCAUCGAGCGCCCGUGCCUCCGCCUCAAGUACGCGCUCGCGGUACUCCAAGUGUUUUUGUGCAUCGCAUUCUUCGCCAUCACCAGCAUGCUGCACCGCACCACGACGCCGUCGCAGGACAUCAACCUGACGGCGCAAGGUGUCGCGUGGGCCUUCUAUGCAGCGAUCUUGCUCGACGACGGCGAGACGGCGUGGCUGCGCGUGCUUUUGGUCGUUCGCGGCGCGUUGGCAGGACACGCGGUGUACCUCUCGGGGGCGCCGCGCAUCGAGCGCUACGACCACCUCUGUCUCGCCAGUGUGCACAGCGUCAAUGUCGUUCUCGGGUGUCUGGCUCUCUUGCCCGCGAUGGCGCGUCGUCCUCACGAUAUCGCAAGUCCGUACGACCACGCAUCGCUCGUCUCGCGCCUGCUGUACCUCUGGGUCUCGCCGUUCGUGACGCUCGGCUUACGCCGGCGCUUCGAGAUGGCCGACAUUCCGCCGCUGCCGCGCGCCGACCACACGGCGUCUGCGAGCCACGCGUUCCAGUCGGCGCUUCUACGCGAGCGCCGGCGGGCGUCGCCGUCCUUUUUCCGGCUUCUCCGCCACCUCUACGGCUGGCAAGUCGUCGGGUUCGGUCUCUGGUCGGCGUGCAACAAGCUCCUUUCGCUUGCGAAUCCCUUCCUCAUCAAAGAAUUUCUCGAGUGGGCCGAGCACCCGACACCGUCCCGCGGCUACGUGUUGGCCGGUGCCAUCUGCGGCCAAUCCGUCCUCAGCGCACUCUCCGGCUCCCAAUAUGGCUUGGCGUGGACGCGCUUCGACAUUCGGCUGCGCGCGGGUCUUAUGGCCGCCAUUUAUGGACGGACGCUCGAGCUCUCGGCAAGCGAGAAGGCCGCGCACGGCAUCGGCCGCCUGACCAACUACGUGUCCGUGGACCUUGGCCGCCUCGUCGGCAUGCCGGGCUCCGUGUUCGACAUGGUUCUUAUUCCAAUGGAGAUUGCCAUCGCGCUCUACCUCCUCGGGCGCGAGGUCUCGUACGCGUUCGUCGCAGGAUUGGUUGUCCUCGGCGUCAUGCUACCAAUUCAAGCGUGGCUUGGAUCGACGCUGCAACGCGUCACACGCGCGAUGCUCUCCUUUCGUGACGACCGCGUCGAGUGGAGCUCGAUGCUGCUCCAAGGCGUUCGCGUCCUCAAGCUCUUGGCGUGGACCGACGUCUACCUCGAUAAAAUGCAAGCCGCGCGGUCCCUCGAGAUGCAGCGUCUCCGUGUGCGCAAGUACCUCGAUGCGCUCUGCGUCGUGUUUUGGGCGUCGACGCCAGUCAUUGUCCAGUCGUCAGUCUUUGUCGCCGUCAUUUACUCGGGCCAUGACCUCACGGCCGCAAACGCGUUCACGGCCAUUGCGCUGCUCGACCGACUCAUUUUCCCCAUGAACUACUUUCCGUGGAUCAUCAACGGCUUUCUGGAGGCCCGCGUCUCGGCGCUGCGCCUCCGCGCCUUCCUCUUUCCGACGUGCGCCGGACGAAGGCCACACGACUUUUUUGUGGCGCGACUGCCACUUUGCGUGGACGACAUUGAUGGACGAACACAGUCGACGCCGCUCUUGGCGCCCGACGCGACGCCUUUCGACGUACGCUUGGACCAUCUCACGCUGCAGAAACGCGAUGUCCUCGUGCUCACGGGGCCCGUGGGUUGCGGCAAAACGUCGCUGCUGCUGGCGCUUCUCGGCGAGAUGCCGCUGAUGCACGGUGACCGCUUCGCGCCCCGGGGCGCCCGCGUCUCGUUCGCGCCCCAAACCCCGUGGCUCUUUCCAGCGUCGAUCCGGCGCAACAUUACGCUAGCGACCGACGACGACUCGAGCAUCGAUGACGCGCUCUACGAGAAGGUGCUCGCUGUGUGCUGCCUCGACGUCGACUUGGCGUCGCAGCCACUCGGCGACCGCACACUCCUUAGCGAGAACGGCGCCAACUUGAGCGGCGGCCAGCGACUCCGCGUCGGUCUUGCGCGUGCCUUGUACCAACGCGCCGCCCUCUACCUCUUGGACGACUGUGUGAGCGGCCUCGACCAACCGACGGCAAUCACCGUGCUCUCGCGUCUGCACACCGUGCUGCCGGAGGACGCGGCGGUCGUCUUGGCGACGCAUGCCGUCGGGCUCCUCGGUAGCUUCCGCUGCAGCGCGAUUCUUCACCUCUUCCACGCGCCAUUGUCGUUCUUCACCGUCACGCCGACGGGGCGCAUCUUGAACCGGCUCAGCGGUGACACGUACGGCGUCGACGAGUCGCUGCCGUUCAUUUUGAACAUUUGCAUCAAGGACGCGGCUGAAAUUCUCGGCACGCUGUGCAUUCUGCUGCUGACGACGCCGCUCGUCUUGCUGCUCUUGCUUCCGCUCUCGCUGCUCUAUGCUCGAGUCCAGAGGUGGUAUCGACCGACGUCGCGGCACGUGCGGCGCUUGGAUGCGGUCGCGCAGUCGCCGCUGCUCAUGCACUUCCACGCGACGCUGCACGGGCUCUCGGUGCUCCGCGGCCUGCAGUGCCACAUGCGCUGGUACCAAGAGUACCUGAGUCUGCUCAACACGUCGCAAAAGAUGAGCUUUCUCGGUGCGAACGCGAGCGCAUGGUUUGGCCUGCGCCUCGAUGCGCUCGGCGUCGUGCUCACGUCGGCCAUCGGCGUCUACGCGGCCGUCGCGUCGCACCUCGGGGCGCCGAUACCGUCCGGGACCCUCGGCCUCAUCCUCAUUUACGCGCUUCCGAUCGUCGGCAAGUGCAAUGCGAUCCUCGGGAGCUUCAUUGCGACCGAACAAAACAUGAUCUCGGUCGAGCGCGUCCUCGAAUAUUCGACGCUAUCACCCGAAGUCGACGGCGCGUCGCCGGUGCUGCCAAAAUGGCCCCGGCACGGCGUCAUCCGCUACGACAACGUGCGCGUCGCGUACAGUGGCAACGCGAACAAAAGUGCGCUCGGGCCGCUCACGAUCGCGGUUCAAGCGGCGGAAAAGAUCGGCAUUUGCGGCCGCACGGGCGCCGGCAAGAGCUCGUUUCUACACGCGCUCUUCCGCGCGAUGCCAUACGAGGGCCGCAUCACGAUCGACAACGUCGACAUUGCGUCCAUGGCGCUCACGACGCUCCGGAGCGCGCUCUGUUUUGUGCCGCAGGAAGCGAUGCUCUUCCGCGGCACGCUCCGAUCGAAUCUCGAUCCGUUCGAGGACGCCGACGACGCGGCGAUCUGGGACGCGCUGCAGCGGUGCUGCCUCGACGCUGUCGUUCGGGCGUGGCCGCUCCAGCUCGAGACGCCGCUGAGCGACAACGACGACAAGCUGAGCCGCGGCCAAGCAGCGCUGGUUGGCAUCGCGCGCGCCGUCUUGCGAAAAGCAAAGGUCGUCUGCAUUGACGAGGCGACGGCCAGCAUGGACCACGCCACCGAAGCCAUCGUCCAAGAGACGCUGCGCAGUGUCUUUCAAGACGCCACCGUGCUUACCGUCGCCCACCGUAUGCACACGAUCCUCGACUGCGACCGCGUGCUCGUGCUCGAUCACGGCCGCGUCGUCGAGUGGGACACCCCGGCGGCGCUUCUCGCCAACCCGGUGGGGCAGUUUACCAAGCUCGUCGAGUUCGCCGCCACGUAA